AUGGCAACUAUUUACGGUAACGAAACGGAUUCUUUUAUUCCAUGGAUUAGUAUAAAUUCCUCUCAAAAUACUCAGGAAACUACAAACACCUCUCUUACUUCCUCUGAUGUCGAGGAGAUCGAUAAAUAUCGCAAGUAUUGGUGGAAAACUGGUAAACUGCAUUCGAAGGCCAGGUGGGAAGAAGCAAAGUUGCCAUGCGAGAUUGUGACUGAUGUUUCCUAUGAUACGUAUGUUGAACAAACGGAUAAGCACAAUAUCCGUGGUUGGUGGGAAUGGGAAGAUGGAACUGUCCGUGUAAUUGAAAUUCCUUCAAUAUUUCACGAAAACUGUGAGCGUGCGAUUUCCCGGGAAAUUACUGAACAGACAGGAGGUGUGAAGAGUACUUAUGCAGACAUUCUUAAUUAUGGAUCAUCUUCAACAAAAUCGCGUGGAUCAGGCAAAGACCCGGACGCUUCUUUUCGACCUAAGGCAAAACCACGAGUUAAUAGAGACGGAUCUGACGGAAGAAAUCAGCCAUGGCCAAAUCUAGUAGUGGAGAUUGCAUACUCACAAUCUGUAGCAGAUAUCAAACAUAAAGUUGAAGAUUACUGGCUCAGAACUGGUCGAGCUCAUGACGUUAUCAUGAUUAAAAUAGAGCCACCAAUUGCACCAACUAUGAUUCCAGUAUUUAUGACUGCCUGGCAUUACUGCAUUAAUAACCGAACAGCUGCAGGAGCAUUAAAUCCUAUAAUGUAUGACUUCUCAACAACCGAUGAUCAAGGAAAUCCCACCAAUCUUCAACUUGGGCAAAGAGUUAUUAAUCUUCGACUAGCAUGCCUUUAUCACAAUGUGCCAGAUAAUGUUUUGAAUCCGCCACCUCCUCAACCUAACCUUGUUGCAAAUUUACCUAACCCAAUUACUAUUGAUUUAUAUCACGUUCAGCUUGCCAUUUUAGAUUGCAAUAUCUAG